UUUUAUUUGGUUGCUGUGUCUGUUUUAUUGGCAUUAAUGCUUAUCAAAAUUUUGCCAGAGUGGUCCGUAUGGACUUUUUUGGCUGUACUUUCGAUUUGGGAUUUGGUUUCUGUUUUGUGUCCAAAAGGGCCUUUGAGGAUUUUGGUGGAAACUGCACAGGAGCGGGAUGAACCCAUUUUCCCAGCUUUAAUAUAUUCUUGUAUAAUAUUUUAUUUACAAGACUCCACUUUAGGCGGGACUAAAAUUUAUGACUAG